UUACAUUAAUUAAAAGUAGCUGCGCGCGGCUCCACGUUAAAAAGUAGUAUGCCCGCAUAUUUCUCCAUUUUUUGAUCUGAAGUAAUUUUUAGCUAUGUUUAUUGCUUUCAGAAGCAUUGUUAAAUUUACACCAAGUCGUGUCUUCCUUUUCAGAACUAUGCAGAAAGUAAAUGCAAGUUCCUAUUUAAUCGAAGAGCCUAAAUAUGCAUUUUUAAAAGAACUAGGGUUAGAGAAAAAAAAUCUUGGAGUUUAUCAUGGAUCUUGGACAGGUUCUGGAGAAGUUGUCCCUUCUAUAUCACCAACUAACAAUAGACCAAUUGCUGAUGUUGUACAAGGAAAUUUAAAUGAUUAUGAAUCUGCUGUUAAAGCUACACAAAAGGCAUGGGACAUAUGGGCCGAUCUUCCAGCACCACAAAGGGGAGAAAUUGUUCGUCAAAUUGGAGAAGCUCUUCGAGCAAAAAAGGCACCUCUGGGAAAAUUAGUUUCCUUGGAAAUGGGAAAAAUUUUGCCAGAAGGUGAAGGAGAGGUUCAAGAGUAUAUCGACAUAUGUGAUUAUGCAGUGGGUUUAUCGAGAAUGAUUGAUGGUAAGGUUCUGCCAUCUGAAAGACCUGGCCAUGCUCUUCUGGAAAUGUGGAAUCCUCUUGGAGCUAUUGGAAUAAUCACAGCAUUUAAUUUUCCUGUCGCUGUAUAUGGAUGGAAUAAUGCUAUCGCUAUGGUAUGCGGAGAUGUCAUGGUAUGGAAAGGUGCUUCAACUACUAUGCUUACAAGUGUUGCUGUAAUAAAAAUAAUUUCUUCAGUUUUAGAAGUAAGUAGGAAGUUUA